AUGCGGAGUAAUGCUUACAGACGUGAGGCUACAAUAAUCGUUGAACAAAAUCAGAAUGUUGCCUUGAAUACUACAAUGUGCAUAGUUCAGAAUUUCGGUCCGAUGGGGUUUCUUAUUCACGAAGAAAACGGAAAUCAAAAGCAUAAAGUUUUUAUUGGUGAGCGCCAUACCUGCACCUGCAAAUUAUAUUCGAAGGAACGUGAUUUGUGUAAACAUAUAUGCUGGAUUCUUCUUAAGAAAUUUAAACUAAAUAAACACGAUCCAAUUUCAUGGCAGAACGGAUUGAGCGAUAGGGAGCUGUCGAAAUUGUUAGAAAAGAGCUUGGAAAGUAAUGUAGUAGCGACUAUACCGGAGAAGAAACUUGAACUCGAGGACAUUUCCGAAGUAGGAAUUACAUCAAUGACCAGAGUAUGUCAGAGGCCUAUUGAACAGGCGGAUAUAUGUCCUAUUUGUCAGGAUGAAUUUCUUUCUUCACAUCGAUCACCCGUUACGUAUUGUCGAAACGGUUGUGGCAAUAAUGUUCACAUCAAGUGCAUGAAAAUUUGGAAGGAUCAUCGAACAAAAGAACAAAACAUAGUUAAGCUUGAUUGUAUAUCCUGUCCAAUAUGCAGAGGAAAUUUUGCAAAGUUAGGAGAUCUAAACCAUGAAAUACUUCUCUGCGAAAAUCGUUUUAAUAAAACAGCCAAGGCACUAAGCGAUGAAGAAUUGAUUGUUGGACUGAUAACUCGAAGAAAUAAUAUGGAAGUUCAUAAGGACAUCUGUUACCUUUGCGCCUGUUCGCCAAUAACUGGGCAAAUAUAUUGCUCAAACGACGCGGGGAAUUUUUCGAAAGGCAAUAAAGUAGAUAAGGUUUUAUGUGGCAACUGCUUCAAUAAAUGUAUCCGUUUGCAUACCGAAGAAAAGCCAGAAACUGCUGUCGAAGCCCUCAUCAGACCACUCAGUAGGAGAGAACUGAGCAAAAUCCCAAAAUGGCUAAUUAAAGCUGAUAUACGAAGCUCGAUUCAAUCUGGUCGUUGUGAAGGUGGCCAUGCCUCAGGCCUUUUGGCCCCUGGUCAACAAUGUCGUAUCUGUUUGAUGCAUUUUCAAGAAGGCGAAGAGGUGAGAAGCCUCCUGAACUGCAAUCACAUCUUCCAUUCAAAUUGUGUGGAUCCUUGGCUUCUUCAUCUGUGA